UUUUUCGGUUUGGUUACGACGGACCCCGUGCCCCAAAAAAAGCUCGUGGAAGUCUAAAAUGGCCAAAUAUCAGGGAGCUUCAUUCAUCUUUUUGCGUCUAAAACCAUUUGUUUAACAGCCUUAUAAACCACAAUAGAUCGGGAUACCAGGCUGUCGAAAGAUCUACUUAAAAAGAUCAUAUUCUGUUAGUCUAGGGUUCUAUCAUGGAUGGAGAAUGGAGCAAAGAAAGAUACGCAUACAAGGUGUGAUCUCACCCAAACUCCAUCAGAUGUCUAGAAGAUCCUUUUACUUGCACCUCCCUCCCUUUGUAAAUCAACGGAGAAGGUACGUACAACAGCCCCGACCCCGAGUUGAGUUUAUGGGUUUACCCACUGCACUGCAGUAAGGAUCCGGGCUCGAUCCGGACACCCUGUCCGUCCUCCCAUGUUCAUAGCUCAUAGUUGAUAGAUAAUUAACGAAGGGCGAACGUUUGGGUUAAGACUUAAAGAGGGCUUUCUUCCAGCGAGCAGAGAGAGAGAGAGAGAGACUAGGAACGAAAUAGAAAUGCAGACCCUGAGACGCCUCUCCAUGGCCAGUACUCCAUUACAGCACCUCAUUAUCUCAUCAGAGAAAUCCAUUCUCAAUCCCGGAAGUAUCCAUCUGAGAACGAUAACAACCAAAUCCAAAGGCGAGGACGAAUGGAACGACGCCUGGGAAUUGGCUUGGCUACCUGAGGACGCCACAUUAUCCUCCAACAAGCACAACAGGGAUCCCUGGGAGAGCGACGUCAACUUCUCUUCCUCUUCUGAUACCCCUACUGUGGUCCUCCCGUCGGACGUGGACGCAGAAACCAAGGCGUUCGUUGAGGACAUGAACGACAAUUGGAACGAGAGAAGAAGGGCUCCGAAGACAAUCCACCAGCAGCAGCAGAAAGAGAGCUCUCUUUACAACGUGGAGAAUAUGAAGAAAGAUUACAGGUUGAAAAAGCAGAAGAUUCACGCCGGGUUGUGGAUGAAAGAGAUCGAGAAGCGGGAGGAGGCCAAGUUGGCGGGUUCAUUCUCCUCUGGAGGCGGCGGUGCUGAUGAUAUCGAGAGAUUGCUUGAUAGCUGCUCUGAGAUUUUUGACCUUGCUAACAAUGACGUAGACAACUCAAAGAUCCCAAGUACUUCUGAGUUCAAAACCAAGCCGGAUGGUUGGGAAACGACAUCUAAAUCUCAGGAGGGGAAUAUCUGGGAGAUGUCACACAGGGAAGAAGACAUCCUCCUUCAAGAAUUUGAGCGUCGAAUUGCAUUUAGCAAAUUUCAGAUUGCCAGUUUUAUCAAAUCUCACAUAUUUAGCCGGAGGAGACCUAUUGAUGGGUGGAAAUACAUGAUAGAGGAAUUAGGACCAAAUGCAAAGAAAGGGAAGGGUAGCGUUCCAAGGUUGCCCAGUCUAUGUGAUGCAUCUACCCAACCUUUCAAGGAGGAGAAGACACCAGCAGGCGCCAGCGGCAGUCUCACUCGUUUCAAAGGCAGAUAAUAAUAUCUUCAAUAUAUCCAUCUUUUAAUUCUCAACAAGUAUUUAUUGUUUAUGAAAAAUCUGCUUACAUUUGUACCGCUGAUAGAAGAGAAAUAUGAUUUAAGUUGUCAUAAAUCACAAUUCAAGUAAUGUCCGUAUAUCUCAUAUCAAUUUGGGUCUUAUUUUCAAUAGUUGUUUUAAUCUCCUGUAGUUAUUUCAUUGCUUCUAAUUUUCUUCCGCAAUUUCUCUUGUACUCAUCUGACAACUGUGAUACCUUUUUUAGUGUAUACUUGAUAGCAUGAGAACUUGUUUGA